CAUCGCACGGCUGCUCAACACAGAUCACGUGCAUUCAACACUUUAAGUUUCAAUAUGCACAGCCAUCCCACAGCCACGCGGUUCUCUUUUCUCCGGAGCCCAGCCGGGGUUUAUCGACAAAACACCGCGCAAUUGGCCGAGUUGCAGCUGAAUAGAAAGAGGUUUUGUUAGUUGCUGCUGCGGAGAGAAGACGCAGCACUUUCGCCGAGAAAAAGAACGGCGCCGGGCUGAGGGACAAAGGCCGAGAACUGCUGCUGCCGCGUACGCGUAUUUGGCUGCUUCUUCCCAACCAUCUCUCUUCUGCUCAACACACUCCCUUCUCUCUUCAUCCUCACUACUUCACUUGCUGUCCGUCGAGAUGAAAGUAGCUGAUCAGGAUCUCCCGAAACUCGUCUUCGUCCCCACCGAUCGCGACACCAUCGACAUCCACUACACCUACCCCACCCUCCACGCCCAACCCUCCCGCGUGCACUACGUCGUCCAGUUCAAAGACAAAGCGACACCCAUCGCGCGUCCUCCACCGCCCGUCAUCGACUCCAAAUCAUCAGCACCCUCAAACGUACCCUUCUCGCCCGUCCUCUCCUCCACCCCCGCAGAAGAUGCCCCUCUGAUCCCGCUCUCGGUCGAGACCGUCACCCACAAGAUCGGAGACCCAGCUUCUCUCAUCUUGCUCGGCGAAUAUGAGCUCACGCACUCGGUCUUCUCGUCCGCGCCGCCUGCGUACUCCGAGCUCGAGAGCGCGUCCCCAACUACCUCCCAGCGUACUACCAGACUCACAAGCCUCGCUACCCUCCACCUGCACAACCCCUCCGCCAGAACGAGACUGAUCGCCCCCCUCCCCACCGCAGCAGCAACCACAUCCGACCCCAAAUUCUUCUACGAGACUCUCAAGCGCGCGCGGAGUUCGCCCCCGGGCGUAGGAUUCACCUACGUCCGUCCUGCGAUGGCCGACCCCGAAACCGGGACUACGAUCCCCGCAAAGUCCUUCACCUUCAACUGGGAGCAGACCAGCGUCAGUCACCCGCAGCUUCUCCGUGGCUCGAUCCCGUCUCUGCACGCAAAGCUGGUCUACGUCGAUCCCACCGUGCGCUUGCAAAUCGCAGAACUAUUCAUCUACAACCUCAACGUUUUCCUGCUCCCCGCUGCGCCGGGCUACUUCAUCGGCGCCGACGCGUCAAGACGCUACAACGAGCUCACGAUCGACGAGCACAACCUCUACAAACUCAACAUCAUCGCCGACCGGAAGGGCUUCGAAGUCCAAAUGCUGCUCUCCGCCUUCGCCCUCGCGACCGCCGGCGAGCGCGCGCGCUCCCUUCGCAAUCUCUCGCUCAAGCAGCGGCAGGAAUACGAAGCCUCCUGCCGCGCCGCAAGACAGGCUGAGCAAGAAGCUGCAAACAGAGCGGCGGUAGAGGAACGCGAUGCCCGCAGGCGCGAAGAGCAGGAGGCUAGGGAAGUUCUGCGGCGGAUUGAAGAAAGCGAGCGAGAGACUGCGGAGUUGCUUGCGCGCGAGAAACGUGAGUAUGAGGAGAAGUUGAAGAGGGAUGAGGAUCUUGCGAGGAGGUUGGCGGAGGAGGACACCGAGGCCGAGCGCAAGGACGAGGAGUAUGCCAGAAGUCUGCAGGCGCAGUGGGAUGGUACCGCCGGCGCCGCGUCGCCCUCGGCUUCUUCCUCUACCUCGACGUCGACUUCCUCAUCUGAUAAACGGAGAUCAUUUCUACCACCCUGGGCCAGAAAAUCGAAAUCCUCCUCCUCAUCAUCAUCACCUGCAUCCAGCCGCCCUUCCUCGGGCGACAAAUCGACCGACGACGCGAGAAGACGGCUGAAGCAGCAGCAGAAAGACGAGGAAUUGGCGAGGAAAUAUGCAAAGGAGGAUCAAGAAGCAUGGCAGAGACUGUCUAGCAAAUCCAGAACAGCUACUACGGACGAGUUUAGGAAUCGGCCGUAUACCAGUGCAGAGAUUUGAACAAGUUGCUUGAGCGUUAAUGAAUAUAGAAACAAGUUUAUUGCGAGCUAUUUAGCACUUAUAAUUACACAUAUUUACA